CAUGAGGACCCCGGCGGAGGCAGCGUCAGCGGCGUCAGCCCUUUUGGUGGCGGCGUGCGCAGUCGCGGCAGCGGCGGCACCCAACGAGCUCCCAAGCACUUUCAAAUUAUGCCACCGAAGCCAGCCAGAUGUUGCUCAGUGCCUUACAGAUGCAUUCCAAUCAGCUAUACCAGAACUUAAGAAAGGGCUUCCAGCAUUUGGAGUCUACUCAAUAGAUCCACUGAAGGUAACACAAAUGUUGAUUGAUCAAGGAGAUGGACCAGUUAAUAUCAAAUUGGAUUUCACUGAUCAGACAUUCACAGGAUUUGGAGACAUCACUGUGAAAGACUUAAAGGUUAAUCUGGACCCAGACAACUUCCAUAUUGAUGCUAAGGUAUCAAUUCCCAAUUUGGACCUAAAAGGAAAAUAUCAAAUUGAUGGGAAAGUCCUUGUGCUACCAAUACAAGGGAAAGGAAACAGUGACCUGACAUUAAAGGAUGUAAUCUGCGAUGUAGUCAUGACAGGAGAACCAGUGGAAAAGUCUGGUGAAAAGUAUGUCAACAUCAAAGACUUCAAGAUUAAUUUUGAAACCAGCCGCCUUUAUCUUACUUUUGAAAAUCUUUUCAAUGGUGAUAAGGCGUUAGGGGACAACAUGAACAAUUUCAUCAAUGAGAACUGGGAUGUGAUCUUAAAAGAACUGAAACCAGGCAUAUCUGAUGUUCUUGGAGCCAUUUUCCAGGAUAUAUCAAAUAGAAUAUUUUCAAAGGUUCCCUAUGACAAAAUCUUUUUGCCUUAAAAAUUCUUCCGGUGUUAUUCAUUCUACAAACCUAGACAAACUGGUGCUGCACCUUUGCUGAUAGAAAAAGACAGAGUUCCACUAUUGUGAAAUUUAUUCUAUAUAUAGGCGUCUGAUCAUUGUGCAUGAUUUGAAUAUUACUAGUCAAAUAGAGCAUCAUUUUGUAACCUUACUAUGUAUGCAUCAUGUAACACAAAAGAACAAUGUAUUACAAAUACUUACUACAGUGUAAUGAACUAUGUAAUCCAAGUAAGAGAUUUGAGUUAAUGAAUGAAUGAAAAGCAACAAAUAAAUAAAUAAGCUGUACAAUACAAUUCUUGGUAUUCGAUGUAAUUCAUUUUUGUCAGGUGCCCAUCAUUCAUGCAUAGACAUUGCCUCGAGUUAAAAAUCGUCCUCCCUGUAGCAGAUUUACUCAUUCUAGCAUGCUAAAUUCUUUCCCAAUCCAGUUUCCAGUCUUCAUUUGCAUUUCCACACUCUUUAAUACCUUGGGUUCCAUCUGAAAAUGUGUCAUUCUGUCCUGAAGAUUAAACACCUUGUAUGGAGUAUCAGCAUAUGACUAAUGAACAUCUAAUAAUAGCUACAGUAACUAUAAGUAGAUAGAAAAAAUCAGUAUACACAUACAUACAGGUACAUAACUGAUUCAUUUUUAUUAUUCAUCAUCCUUUCCAUUGUGUGUGUACAAAAAUUGUAAGGAGUGAAUUGGCACUUCUGUUAUCAACACAGGAACUGGCAUCUUCUCUGAACAUAUUUAUAUCUUAAUGUGUUUUUUACUAAGACAUCUGUUUUAUGGAAAACAAUGACACUAUGUAAUAAGGUGAACUAAAUGUACCACAAGACAUGUUGCAACCCAUAUAUGUCGAAUAAUAUGUCUAAUUAGUUUAGUUUUAUAUAUAUAUCUGCUAAGAGGCAGAAAUGUUAGCAUAAAAAUAAAAUUCAUAAAAUAUU